AUGAGCUCCAGAAGAAGAAUCAAUAAGGCCAGGCUGGCGGCACGUGCCAACCAGCCCUUGGUGGACUUGGACGCCUUGGCCUCCAAUGUUAGACCCUCUGAUUCGCCGGCUCCACCCACUGACACGUCGGACCAGCCGGCUCCAGGACCCCCUCCCAGAAGGGCUAGACCUCCACAGUCACAGAAUCUAGAAAGUUCGGUUUCGGAAAGCAAAUCUACCGAAGGUCCACCUCCUCGUAGAGGAGCCGUGAAACCGCCAACGAGUGCCAUCGACCAGCCUCAGCCUGUGCUAGGCGAAUCGGAGCACAUUGAGCACAGCGAUAACAGGAGCGAGUUGUCGUGGGGCCAUUCGCCCGAAUGGCAGCGUCGUGAAGCUCAGAAUCAGGAGCAGAAUGAAGAAAAGCUGAAGCAGCAGGCGGAAGAUACCCCCCAGGACUGGAAGCUGAACCAGCCAUCGUGGCAGCAAGACCACGAUCAGCAGAACCAAUAUCACCAGCAGCUGUCUGCCGACGACCAGCAACAAGAGCAUGUCCAGGAGGACCACUCCUCGCUCCCGCGGGGCAACCCUCCAUUCGAUGUGCCCUGGGACGAGAACCAAAACACAGGCUUGAACCAGCAUCAGCCACCUCAGCAUGAAAACUUCAGCCAUCACGGCUCUUUGCCCUUGCCGCCAGAUGAAGAUAUUCAGGACGAUGAUGGCUCCGGGUGGGACGCAUACACGAAUAUUGAGCUUGAGGAGAGCCAGCAGCUACAGGCAGCUCAGGCGGAACAAGAGCACGGAGGCAAGGCCCAAAAUGCUUACGAAUCUCAGGAUCAGCAAUAUUGGCAGCACGAAGCAGCCCACCAAGACAACUGGGAUCAAGCAGGCGAAACUCAGGCCCCUGAAGAGGCCAACGAGAAAGACCCCUGGGACCAGGACGACGAUCUUGGGGAGGAUCCAUGGGACCAGGACGUGAAUUUGGAUGCUGAACAGAAUGAUGCAUGGGAUCAAGAGGGAGGACAAAUUCCUCAUGAAGAGCAGCAUGAUCAAUGGGAUCAAGAGGCAGAGCAGCCGGCUCACGAAGAGCAGCAUAAGCCAUGGAACCAAGAAGCAGAGCAACAUCCUCAUCAGGAACAGCACGACGCCUGGGACCAAGAAGCAGCCCCAGAACAUGCUAACGAGGCUCAAUGGGAGGGCUACAAUGAACCCGUGGAUAAUGCAUGGGACCCCGAAGCUGCGAAUGAAAGCGAGAAACAAGCUCCGUGGGACUACGGGGCUCACACCGACAAUGCGUGGAAUCCAAAUGGCGAGCCCGAGGCUCCCGAAGAUCCUUGGGAUGACAAUGCUGCAAAUGAGGCAAACGAAGACCCUUGGGACCAGCAGACUCCAUACGAUGGAGAGAUCGAGGAAGAUGUCAGAGCGGGCUUUGAUCAAGAGAGAACCGACGAGAAUGUCAACUCCGAACAACAGCCCGAUCAGCACUUCCAGCAUGAGGAACUUCGCCAAAACUUUGAAGAAGAACCUCUUCCUUGGGACAGUAAUCAAGCAGACGAACCCGAUGAAUACCCAUUUGAGCAUGAGCAACAGGCACCAUUAGAAGCUCAGUCCGAGGAGCCAUUUAAUCAUGAUCACUUCCAGUCUGAAAGUAACCAUGAGGCUCCACAACACGGGUACGAUUCUCACGCUGGCAAUGUUGCCGAGCGUGACUCACAGUUUUUCGACGACCUUGCUCCACAACCUGCUACCCAGGAGAAGCAAGAACAACCGCAAGACUUUUGGAAUAAUGGCGAGUCCAAUCAACCUCAAUCAGAAGAACAACCACAAAAGGAUGAGACCGGUCUUGAUAGCAUGUUGGGCGACGACGACUUCCUCGGUGAAAGCGAAUCGCCUGACCCACAACCUUUAGACGAGCCACAGCACGCUCAUUACGAUACAGUCAUUCACCACGGUGUCGAACAAACACAGGAAGCAGAUGAGAGUCUGAAUAAUAAACUGAGGGCAUUGGAAAUGCUCGACAUGGAUGAAGAUUUGCUUUUAGACGAAGAGUUCCUUGAAGAUGAGGAGCAAAUCACCCAGCCUAAUCAAACUCAUGUGCAGCAGCCUCCUCAGCAGGUCACUCAACCAGCACAGCAGGCAGCUCCACAGGCUGUAGCGCAGACACCAAAGCAGUCUUCAAAGUAUGCUCCAACGCUGAAAUACGCCCCUACGGCAGCUCCUACGCCUGGCGGAAACCCAUAUGCACCAAAGGAUGUUGAGCAGCCAAAACCCGGCCUUGUUACUGCAGUUAAACCAUCAGGACCAACCAUUGAGCCUAGAAAGCCUGCAGUGGCCGCAGCUCCUCAUGCACCAACGAUACCCAAGCCUGACGACAAGAUCAAAGAACAGCUCAAUGCUGCAAAGAAAAAGAAUGAUGCGUACGAUUUUCCAAUGGGUUUGGUUAAACCUCCUACAAGGGCUCCUAGAGCUGCAGCCAAGCUGAAUCCAUCUUCAGUAACGUCCCCAUCGGUGAAUCAAGCAGGUAUGGCUCCGCCUGGAAACGAAAGAGUUUCAUCAAUCACCUCGCCAAACGUCACGUCUUCUAGUUUGAGUCCUGCUGCUCCUCCAGUGAAGAAAAAUUUCUUCGAGGAGUAUCCACCCAAUGCAAUUAAGCCUUCCUCGAGGCCCGGAAGAGCUGCUGCUUCAUCUUAUACCCCUCAACCAAACAACGACGACCCCAACUCGUCUUUGAAACAUGCACCCAGUCCAUCCGUUAGUCAUGCAUUACCCGCUAAAUCACCAAAGAAUCCUUAUGCCGCAUUGCAGCCUAAGAACUCGCAGACAGUGGCACAACUCCCCCAGCCUGUUAUAGGAAACUACCAGCCAAACACGCAGGCUCCACCGGGAAUGUCUCCACAGAUUAAUACUGCUCCUAUUGGAAGGCCUCCACAGGGAGGUUUUGUUCCUCCUCCUCAAGGCCAACCAGGUGUACCUCCACAGGGUCACUUGCCUCAACCGGCGGCGCCCCCUCAAAAUCAUGGUGCCCAGCCAUUCCCCAAUCUAGGUGUCAGACCACAGGAGCCUACCCAAGUCCAGAAGUCUCCAAGAAUGAGUGUCAACACCUCUAUGCAAGGAAAGUACGCUGAAAAGGGAACCUCAAUGAGCCCAUAUGUUCCGGUUUCAGGACCCUAUGCGCCCGGCGCCAGAGGCCACUCGCGGACUAGCUCAAUUGUUGGUGGCAAGGCCAAGGAAGGAAACCCAUAUGCUCCGGUGCAAGGUGGCCCACCCCCCACUCAACAGCACGCCAAGGGUGCUGUACUUCCACCAGGUUUCCACGGAACCAGGGCAAGAGGUGCUUCUUUGAACAGGAAAUCAAACCCAAAGGUGCAGAAUCCAGCUGCCUUGUUGGAGAGACAGUUUCCAAUCUUUCAUUGGAACAGCUCUCAAAAUGUGGCUUUCAUGAUUCCUCAUCAGCCAGUGAGCUCCUUCGAUCCAUUGAUUAGAAAAAUCCAGGUUGAGAAGGUUUCUGAUGUUGCAAGCAAACACAACCUUUAUAAUGACUUCCCUGGACCAUUGGUGAAGGGCAAGGUCAAGAAGAAGGAUAUGGAACUUUGGUUGCAAAAGGUGAUAACAUCUACUGAGGCUGAGAAUCCGGCUUCCGAUGAAGUGGUCCUCGCCAAGAUUCUUCUUUUGCUUGUAAAGUUCGACGGAAACUUCCGAAACGAAGAGUUGUUGUUGGAGAUUGCCAAGGUGCUCACUCCUAACGUCGACUACAACCAGGAGACGCCUGCUGCUUCUAUGUCUGUUGGAGGACAAGCCAUUUCUGCCAACGCCUAUAAGCUUGAUAAUCAAGGCAUUAACAGUGUCUGGAGUUUAAUUCAGACCGGUAAGACAGAAGAGGCAUUGUCCAUCGCAAUGUCGAAGGGUGAUUGGGCGCUUUCGUUCAUCAUUGCUUCCUCCAUUGGCCAGGAGAGAUUUGCAAAGGUCGCCUCGGAUUACGCUAGAAUUUCAUUCCCAUUCCAAAAGGGUCUGAUCGCCAAGGUGCAACAUCUCAUGCCAAUUCUUAUGAAGAUCUUUGUUGGAAACUCCGCUGGUGUGAUCAGCGAUUUUGAGAACGUCGCCAGCGAAGGUGAAUUCGCAAGGAUGUAUUACAAGGAAAUCCUCGCCGCUGCCAUUGUCAACAAUUGCAACACCAACUUCUUAGUGGACUUUGGUAACUUCUUAUCAAACUCUGGCAUGACCACUGCUAGCGAGCUUUGCUUCAUUAUUGGAGGAUUAGUAAUGACUCCUUCUCCACUCACAAACGGUGCUUCAUUCCAAGCUGUUGGUGUUUUUACACUGACCUCAGUCUACUCUGAAAUUUACGACAACACUGAACACAAUGCCCCAACAGGCUUACCUCACUUGCUUCUGUUCAAGUUGAGACGUGCCCAGACUCUUGCUGACUUCGGCUGCUUUACUGAAGCAAGAAGAUAUUGUGAUUUGAUCGGCAGUACUAUGAGGACUCUUGGUAAAUCGCCAUACGUAAGUCCAGGGUUGACUCACGAAUUUCAGGAGUUGCUUAUCAGGUUAUCUAACUCUGGAGCUACUGAUUCAAGUUGGCUUGGUGCCAAGUUGAGGAGCAGAGUGAACAUGGACAAAAUGUGGGGACAUCUUGACAAAAUUAUUGGAGCCGCAAGACACUGGCGUUUUCCGCAAUUACAGUCCUUCGCUUUCUCGCAAUGCUUCCACCCUAGACGUUACUCAACACUUGCCAAAUGGAACUCAAAUACGCCCGAUUUGAACAGAACAGCAUCACUCGCAUCAGCACCAGCUGGACACACAGACUUCAGUCCGGUUCAGCCACAAUCUCGUGCAAGCACACUGAGAUAUGCGCCAGGCGGCUCAGGGAGUUACAAGAAGGCACCUUCCUUGCUGGGCCAGUCAAGUUUCCCGCUGGGCCUUCCUCAACAUCCCACUCACAAAAGAAUUCCAAGCAACGGCUCGCUGCCUAAUGUGGCUCUUGACCCAAGCCCAGUGAACGAGGAUGCCAAGCCGCCAUUGAAGCAGACCUCUUCGUUCGCUCCAAGACAGCCUCCAAUCCCUCGUAACCCAUUGUACAGCAAUCGCUCCGGUCAGGUAUCUGCGCUGUCAAUUGUGUCGUCACACGUUAGCCCACAGCAGAAUCAGCAGAGACACAACGAUCAGCAUGAAAGAUUUGAGUUACCAGACCUUGACGUAACUAAUGAGCACCCGGUGAUGGAGCGCUCACCAAGAGGUCUUGAGAAGGGUCACUUCAGGACUUCGCUGUUGCAGAGUGAGGUGCAAGAUGGAAUCGAUGGCAAUGAGGACAACCAUGUACCUGAUACUAUUGAGGAGAAGUCAGAGGAAUCUUCCAGCCAACGCCCAUCCACAGGUGAGUUAUUGCCAAAGAAAGAGGAAGCAGAGCCUGAGCCACAGCCUAAGCCCACCCCAACAGAGGAACCUGAAGAGAAGGAUGAACCAAAGAAGGAUGAUGCUGUUGCACCACCACCACCUAUUUCCACCAAGAAGUCUCUUCCUCAAAGAGCCAAUCCUUAUGCUCCAGGAGGAUCCAGAGGCCAGGCUCGCGGCUCCAACUCUAACAGGUAUGGACCAGGAAAGACAGCCAGCAAGUAUGCAUCCCCACAUCCCUCUCAACAUACAGACUUUUUGGAGAAGUCUACACCUAAUGUCUCGACUAAUGAGGUUUUGGGUCAUGAUCAGAAUGGCGACGCCGAGAACGAGGUUUCUAAAGCCGAAGAGGAGAAGGAGAAGGAGAAGGAAGGGACGGCGAAGAGGCCUCUUCUGGCGCCCCAGCUUCCGGCGCCUUGCCUCAACCUGAACCAGCUAGUCAGGCGCCUCCUGCAAGAGGACCUCCCCAAGAAAUGGCCCCUCCAAACCAAGUGGUCCACCAGAAAUCCUUAUGCGCCACCAGGGGAGCAGACCAAGCAGCCAGAGAAAACCAACUCGAAGCCUCCAGCUAAUGUUGAUAUCAGUGUUGACUACGGCGCAGAUGAAAGUGUGGACACUUCCGAAGACACCAAGCCACCUAUGCCAGGCAGAGUGGUUUCUCCAACUGCCAGGGCCGACUAUGCCAACCCAUUCCAGCAUGAGAAGGCACCAGUCGAAGGAGGCCUCGAAGACUUUUCCAUACCUGGCUCGCCAGAGUACACCACCAGAGCCAAUUCUGUCAUUGGCCACAAUGGCUUGUUUUCCAGCAAGUUGUCUCAAUCUCAACAGUCGGUAAUGUAUCAGCAGUACGAGGUGAAGGAUGACACUGUUCACGACUACGUUCCUGUUCCUGAGGAUGAAGAGGAUGAGGAGGAAAAGAGGAUUAAGAAGAGAAAGGAGGAGAGCGCUGCUGCCCAACAGAACGAAACAAGAAGACCAGCACAAGAAAGCGAGGGUUGGUUGAGCAGGUUGAGAGGAAGGAAGGGAGACGACAAGCCGAAGCCAAUCAAGGCUAAGCUUGGACAAGAGAAUACCUUCUACUAUGACGAUGAACUCAAGAGAUGGAUUGACAAGAGCAGACCUCUCGAGGAGCAGAUCAAGGAGCUGGCACCGCCACCACCUCCAAUGAAGAAGAAGGUUGCGCCCAAAGCGGCACCAAAGGCUACUUCUCCAGAGGCUGGCAAUCCAUCAGCACCUUCUGAAAGCAAUUCCGAGGCACCAUCGGCCCCUAAGGGCCCCACUCCUCGAGCAGCUCGUGCUGCCCCAAGAGGGAACUUGGCGAAUGCCAACUUGGACGAUCUUUUGUCGUUGAGCAGCGGAGCUUCUGCUGGUGGCCGCGCUCCUGCUGGUGGUCGCAAGCAGAAGAGAAGAUACGUGAAUGUGCUUGAGAAGAAGUGA